AUGUCCCUUAUCCCUAAGCACAUGAUUACCUGGGUUAUGUGGAAUUCUAUGGCUUCUGAAAUUUAUUUAAACAAAGAUGAACUGAAUAUUGGUGAGCAUUUGUUUUUCACUUAUUGUGUGUAUCAAUUUUUACAACAUUUACGUUGUUCAGUUUCAAGUGAAGAUUCAUACUCCUAUGAGCCUGUGGAUGAACUUGACUUAAAGCCAUUUGGAAAGAGGUCAUUACUAUUACCUCAACGAUCAACCAAUGUGGAAAAAUCACUGUCAGAUGUAUGCGAAGAAAUCUACGAAAUAGGCGAACCAAUAGCAACUGAAGCUCUCAUCGACCGAAAACCGAAACCAAAAGAAUCCAGUCAACUACGAGGAGGUAGCCUUUCAGAAGAAAAUAACACCCCAAAAUCUACAAAUUCUCUUCUCUUCAAACAACUGAAAAAAACAUCCUACACCCAUUUUGAAGCCAAAUCUUUCAGCGGAAAAACUGAGAACGAAAAUAAUAAAAAAACGCCUGAAAUACUAUCGACAGCCAACUCCUUGGUGUUAGAAAUGAAAAAAUCAUUCCCUUACUCGAAAGAAUUAAGUAUGAACAAAACCGAUGAUUUAUCUAAUAAUAAAAAUAGUUGUUCAAAAGAUGUUGAUAAAACAGAAAAAACGCCGACAAAUUCUUAUUUAAAUAAAAAAGAAUCUUUGCGUAAAACGAACUAUAUAGAUACAAAAAAAUUAUACCCUGCAAACGAUAAACUGUCUGUUACAAAACCUCUAAUAUCUGGUGGAACAUACUCUGAAAAAUUGACAAUACAUUCUGAAGAAAAAGAAAAAUCGGUAAAAUUUAACUCCUUAGAAAAAUCGAAGCCUGAUCAAAGUUCUGUCACAACGGACGAAGAAAUGGGGUGGUAUUUUUCAGAUAUAUCUAGAAAUUGUGCCGAAAAAAAGCUUAAAGAAUUAAAAAAGGUUUAA